CUGUCAAGAAAAGGUUUCACAUACCGUCGGACACGAAGGGAGUAAAUCUUACUGUAUCUGUAUCUUACAAAGUCAUAAAUAUUUCUCUCCGCCGGCCUCACUCUCAUUCUCCGCCGGUCUCCCCCGCCCCCGAUCGCCCGCCCCGCCCCGCCUCCUCCGCUAGCAGCGCUGCAAGCCGGCAGCAUUCCCCCCAGAUUCACCGCAGCAGGAGUCCGGCAGACGGCAGUCCUCCUCUACGGCCUCUGCGGCUCCGUCCGGCCUUCACAGCAACAGCCAGCAGAUCAAAUACAAUCACAAUUACAGACGCCGCAGCUUCCGAGGCCACCGCCGCCGGCGAUUCAAUCUUCGUUCUCGAAGCCUCUGUGCGUUCAGAGUAACUUCUUCAUUCAGCGUGUAAGAGUUCUUAUAUUGAAAAAUGCUGCAAAGCAUUCCCCACCAGAUUGUGCAAUCUCCAGCGAGGUUGGGCCUGCCAAACCCCAACUCGCCAUCUCUUCAGAACCCUAACCCACCUAAAUUCUCGUCUCAAAACCCACAAACUCAACAGUCCCACCAGCCAUUGAAUCAGUUAACGACUCCCAGCGUCUCAUCAACACUCCUUCCUCUCUUACCACCUCUCCCCAGAGCUCAAUCUCUUCUCCUUCAAAUGGCAUCUCUUGCCUCUAAACUGUUUGAAGUCUCACCCAAUCGUCCACAUUGGAUCAGUGCAUUUCGAGGCUCUCUGCCUUCCUUCUUGUCUUCACAAUCACAAUCCCCAACACCUGCUCAGGCAGACUCCGCCCCCUCUUCUGCCAAAGAAAUCAUUGCUCAAUUCACAACCCUUCAGAGUCAGCUCUUUGAAGCCGUUGCUGAACUCCAGGAGAUACUCGACCUUCAAGAUGCUAAACAGAAGCUCACCCGCGACAUCAGGUCCAAAGAUGUUUCUCUUCUUGCCUUUGCCAACAAACUUAAGGAAACCGAGCAUGUUCUCGACAUGCUCGUUGAUGAUUACUCUGACUACCGUCGCCCUAAAAGAACCAAAUCAGUGGAUGACGCGGAUAAUUCCUCGAAAACUACAGUUGAGACACAGCUAAAAUUGUCAGAUAUCCUCUCCUAUGCACAUAAAAUUAGCUAUACUACCUUUGCACCUCCAGAAUUCGGCGCUGGACAAGCUCCUCUCCGGGGAGCACUCCCUCCUGCACCACAAGACGAGCAAAUGCGCGCAUCACAGUUAUAUAACUUUGCUGAUUUGGAUAUUGGAUUGCCCAAAACAGAUGAGGGUAAAGAGAAAAUCAUCGAAUCACUCAUCGAAACCCCUGCUGCACCACCUGCAGAGAGCAAUCCACUGGCAAGCUUAUCAGCAAUUACUUCGACUUUAGUUGCACCACCAGGAUGGAAACCUGGAAUGCCUGUGGAACUGCCUAUUGAUCUAUCAGCUCUUCCUCCUCCGCCUCCCGGGUGGAAGCCUGGUGACCCGUUGCCCCCAUUGGAUGCUCUUCCUCUCCCACCAAGAGUCGAGGAACAGCAGCCAAGGCCCGGCCCUCCUCCUGGUCUUGCGAAAGCUCCGGAGCCUAUACAGGUACGGCAUGUGCAGCUUGAUAUUGAGGAUGACAGUAGUGAAGAUUUCAGCAGUGAUGAUGCCAGCUCUGGUAGUGAUUGAUUGGUUGAUAGGAGCUAUGGAAAUUAGUGUCUUUAUCAUUUAUGCUUGAAGCUCUAGAUGGUUUGAUCCCUUCCUUUUGGUCGCUACUCAAUAGUUUUGUACCACUUUAUUGUAGAUUCAAAGUUUAUUGCUCGUACGUUUAUAUGAGUGAUGAAGUUUGAGUAAUAUGAUAACGUCACAUUUUAAUGAAAUUUAGCUUCUUUCUUUAUCCAAA